UCCAACAAUAGUGUCAGCUUGCCAAAGGACAUUUAUUUAUUCUGUUUUUUCAUUUACAGCAAUCAUCAAUCGAUCAAUUCAUCAUCUUUUAUCAGUUAUGUUUGCAUUAAAUAUUGGUCGUCAUUUAGCUUCGCGAUCACCAUCAGUGGCUCGAUCCAUAUUGUCAUCACGCCCGUUAACAACCACUAAUGCUCUUUUUAAAGGCACUUAUUUCAUCGUCAAUGAUUAUGAAGAAGUAACAGCGAAAAAAGUUUUGGACGAUACAAUCAAUGGCAUAAUGUAUGGUGAAUUGAUUAGUGGUAUGGGUGUCGUUUUAGGUCAAAUGUUCAAAGAACCAGCAACGAUAAAUUAUCCAUUCGAAAAAGGACCGUUAUCACCACGUUUCCGAGGUGAACAUGCAUUAAGACGAUAUCCGUCUGGUGAAGAACGUUGUAUUGCAUGUAAAUUAUGUGAAGCCAUUUGUCCUGCACAGGCUAUCACUAUCGAAGCUGAAGAACGUUCGGAUGGUAGCCGUCGUACGACUAGAUAUGAUAUCGAUAUGACCAAAUGUAUCUAUUGUGGUUUCUGUCAAGAAGCCUGUCCUGUCGAUGCUAUUGUUGAAGGACCGAAUUUUGAAUAUGCAACCGAAACUCAUGAAGAAUUAUUAUAUAAUAAAGAAAAAUUAUUAGAAAAUGGUGAUAAAUGGGAAAUGGAAAUUGCAGCCAAUCUAGAGGCUGAUCAUCUUUAUAGAUAAAGAUUCAUUGAAAAAAAAUUGUAUGAAAUAGUUUGCUUGAAAUUUAAUAAUAUAUAAUUAAAUCGAAUAAAAAAGAAUUUAAAAAUUCAA